UUGAGGUUAUGAACCCGUCCCGAGUGCAGUAAUCGCGUUAAAAAUGGGAAAAAUCUAAUUUUUGUGAGCAUUUUAAUUACGGAAAACGAGACAAAAGUGAAUUCAAGUCGUUUCCCAACUCCUACCGUCGUUCGCUUUGAAAAAGUGGAUCAGUAAAAGCAGAAAUACUCGGCAGAUUGUAGAUAUUUACGGCGAAUACCGUUUGCCGCAGGGACUAUAAGUGAGGCGUUCACCAGCUGACGCAAUCCAAAAAGGAUCUGAUACUGGACUAGAAUGGCCAAGUACAUAGCUCAGAUCAUCGUGCUGGGGGGACAAAUCAUCGGAAAAGCCUUCACGCGGGCACUGAAACAAGAGAUAGCGGCGUCACAAGAAGCCGCGAAGCGAGCCGGCGGUGGACAACAGGGACAAAACCGGGCCGCAGCGAACCUCAGGACAGGAAUGACGCUGGAAGAGGCACAGGAUAUUUUGAAUGUUACCAAACUCGAUCCGGCAGAGGUGCAGAAGAACUACGAGCACCUCUUUCAGGUGAACGACAAGGCGAAGGGUGGUUCGUUUUACCUGCAGUCGAAGGUGUUCCGCGCCAAGGAGCGAAUAGACCAGGAACUGAAGGCUCAAAAACCUCCAGAAACCGAGAAAACGGAUCCCGGAACACAACCCGAAAAGUGACCUUUCACCGUGUUCAACCGAAGGUGUAUAAAUCAUUAAGUAAACGUUCGUCAAGUUUAGUGAAGCUUAAAGCUAAAAA